AACUGCCUCACCAGCUAAAGACUCACUCAUCACGUCUAUAAUCGCAACACAAGAUUGUUGUCUUGGUUUCCCAGCCUCGAUUCCUUACUGAUGAGGGACUUUCGGCCCGACUGACGCAGGGAGAUGGGGGUACUCAAUAUUUCAGACCAGCCGCCUCUGGUCCAGGCCAUAUUUAACCGAAAUGUGGAUGAAGUGAAGUUAUUUUUGCACAAGAAAGAUGAAGUCAAUGCACUGGACCAAGAGCGCCGCACACCUCUUCAUGCUGCUGCCUGGCUGGGGGACGUUCAUAUAAUGGAGCUUCUCAUCAGCGCCGGUGCGAAUGUCAAUGCAAAGGAUCACGUGUGGCUAACACCGUUGCACAGAGCAGCUGCUUCCAGAAACGAGAGGGCUGUGGGGCUGCUGCUAAGAAAGGGAGCUGACGUUACCGCGCGGGAUAAGUUCUGGCAGACACCACUGCACAUCGCAGCGGCCAACCGAGCCACGCGUUGCGUCGAGACCCUGCUGCCCCAUGUGACCAGCCUGAAUAUGGCCGACCGCACGGGCAGAGCGCCCCUGCAUCACGCUGCUCAGAGUGGAUACCAGGAGAUGGUUAAAUUGCUGCUGAACAAGGGAGCCAAUCUGAGUGCCAGUGACAAGAAGGACAGGCAGCCCAUUCAUUGGGCAGCUUACCUUGGACAUCUGGAGGUGGUUAAGCUGCUGGUGUCUCAGGGCUCGGAUAAGAGCUGUAAGGAUAAGCGAGGAUACACCCCUCUCCACGCUGCUGCUGCCAGUGGCCACGUCGAUGUGGUCAAGUACCUGUUACGCAAUGGAGCCGAGAUUGAUGAGCCUAAUGCCUUUGGAAACACUGCUCUCCAUGUGGCCUGCUACACGGGACAGGAGGCCGUAGCCAACGAGCUGGUCAACCGUGGGGCCAACGUCAACCAGCCCAACCACCGCGGCUACACGCCCCUGCACCUGGCUGCCGUGUCCACUAAUGGGGCUCUCUGUCUGGAGCUGCUGGUCAACAACGGUGCUGAUGUCAACAUGCAGAGUAAAGAAGGGAAAAGCCCUUUGCACAUGGCAGCCAUUCAUGGACGUUUCACUCGCUCUCAGAUCCUCAUUCAAAAUGGUGGGGAGAUAGAUUGUGUGGACAGAUAUGGCAAUACUCCUCUUCAUGUUGCUGCUAAGUACGGCCACGAGCUGCUUAUCAGCACCUUAAUGACAAACGGUGCUGACACAGCCAGACAAGGGAUUCAUGGGAUGUUUCCUCUACACUUAGCUGUGCUUUACGGGUCCUCUGACUGUUGUCGUAAGCUACUUUCCUCAGGUCAGCUCUACAGCAUUGUGUUGUCAAUGAGUAAAGAACACGUGCUCUCUGCCGGAUUUGACAUCAAUACCCCAGACAACUUCGGGAGGACCUGUCUACACGCUGCUGCCUCUGGAGGAAAUGUUGAAUGUCUCAACCUGCUCUUAAGCAGUGGAGCUGACAUGAAUAAGAAGGACAAGUUUGGAAGGACUCCUUUGCACUAUGCGGCUGCUAACGGGAGGUAUCAGUGUGUAGUGGUUCUGAUUGGAGCAGGGGCGGGGGUCAACGAGCGUGACCGCUCUGGCUGUACACCUUUACACUAUUCAGCUGCAUCGACUGCGUUCUGCAGAACGGACCGACCCCAUGCCAGCACCCAUCAGAACCAGGAGGAUGGGGAGAAGGAAUCCUUCCUGUGUGUGGAGCAUUUGUUGGAUAAUGGCGCUGAUCCAUCUCUGUGCAACACUAAAGGAUACAGUGCUGUGCAUUAUGCCGCGGCCCACGGCAACAAACAAAACCUGGAGCUGCUUUUGGAGAUGUGCUUCAACACACUAGGAGAAAAGGAGAGCAACGGGUCGGUCAGCCCGCUACACUUGGCGGUGGAGUCGGGUCACUGGGAAUGUGUUACUGUGUUAAUUGAGUCUGGAGUGUAUGUGGAUGCCUGUGACCCGGUGGGGCGCUCUGUGCUGUAUGUAGCCUCUCAAAGAGGACAUGCUCGCUGCGUGGAGCUGCUGCUCUGCCAAUCAGCGUCUUGCCUGCUCGCAGAGCACCGCAGCAAAUGGGGUCCUCUUCAUGUUGCAGCUGCCAAUGGCCACUCAGAAUGUCAUGGAUGCUGCUUUGUAGCGAGGGGAGCCGACCUUGUUAAUGUUACAGAUGCAGAGGGACAAACUCCACUAAUGCUGGCAGUGCUGGGGGGACACACUGACUGUGUGCAUCUGCUGCUGGAGAGAGGAGCUUGCCCUGAUAUGAGAGACAGGAGAGGAAGAACAGCCUUACACAGAGGGGCGGUGAUGGGUCGGGAGGACUGUAUAACCGCCCUGCUGUCACACAACAUCUCAGUCCUCAGCAGAGAUUUUCAGGGGCGAACCGCGGUCCAUCUGGCUGCCUCUUGCGGCCAUGCUGACAUUCUCUCCAAUCUUCUUUCUGCUGCUGACCACUCCCAUCCCCACGACCCAAUCACAGACCGCCACGGCUACACACCCGCACACUGGGCAGCCUAUCACGGUCAUGAAGACUGUUUGGAUGUUUUACUUGAACUUAAACCAUGUAGUAUCCAGGAGGGAAACCCCUUCACCCCACUGCACUGUGCUCUCAUUAAUGGCCAUAGUGGUUCUGCAGAGCUGCUGUUGGAAUCCAGUGUUUGUAAUUCGCUGGUAAACAUCAGGGAUGCCAAAGGAAGGACCCCUCUUCACGCGGCUGCAGUUGCCGAGGACGUGGCUGGGCUGCAGCUGGUUCUGCGGCACGGAGCUGACAUCAACGCCGUGGACCACUCAGGGCGUUCUGCACUGAUGGUGGCCGCCGACAACGGUCAAAGCGGUGCUGUGGCCCUGCUGCUGCACAGAGCCAAAGCCGACCUGUCCCUCCUGGAUGUGAACAAGAACACUGCCCUGCACUUGGCCUGCAGCAAGGCUCAUGAAAUGUGUGCCAUGCUGAUCUUGAAGGAGAUCCACAACCCUAUCCUCAUAAAUGCAACCAACAGUAUGCUUCAGAUGCCCCUCCACAUUGCCGCCAGAAAUGGUUUGGCCACCGUGGUUCAGGCCUUGCUGAAUCGUGGAGCCACAGUGCUGGCUGUGGAUGAGGAAGGUCAUACGCCAGCCCUGGCUUGCGCGUCCAAUAAAGCUGUUGCCGACUGCCUAGCUCUCAUUCUGUCAACCAUGAAGCCUUCCUCCUCCACUCCUCCAUCCUCACCGCCGCCUCCCAGCCUCAACCUGCUCAAGCACUGUGGCAUCACCGCCGCCUGUCCCCCCCUGCCCAAUGGAGGCCUUCGCCAUGGUUACGGCAAAGAUCGCCAUGGUGCUACUAUUGGCUUGGAUGGCUACUUGACCGAGUAAGGCGUUCUUACUCGCUAAAAAAAAAAAGAAAAAAAAAGCGUGGUCGCUUGGUUUGGUCCUCUCUACACACCUAGAUAAACCUAUAUGCAAUUACAGCCACACAUCCCUCCUGUGCCAGUAUCAAAGCUUUUCUUCACAUCUCAGUAGAGAGCAAACACGAGAGGACGAAUUUAGCUAUUUAUUUCUAUUUAUUUUCCCCGCUUUCCUUUUCCUCCCACUGCCUGACUCCCAUUUUAGAUGCUGUCCAUUCAGUAUGAGUCUAAAAUCUGAAUCUAAGCCAUCUAUUCGAACCAGUAUCCAUCACUGGCGAGUCAGUCCUUUAUUUCUUCUCCAUUUGCGGUCGAUUCGACUCGGUUCAUGUUAGAAUUAUGCAGCUGUGUGUCUCCAUGGUAACAGUGAUAAUGGAUGGGUUUCCAUAUCAUGCCUCCUAUUUGCGUGACGCUGUGGCCUUGCAUAGGAAUUUACAGCCUGCCCUGAGGAACAAUUUAAACGGGUUACACUAGAUUUGCAUGAAUUUGCGGGACCAUGUAUUUGAUAGUGGUCUUGUGUGUGUGUGUGUACGUGUGUUUGUGUGCGUGCGUGCACGUGUAUGUGUGACAUCCACUUUUGCGCAACAGUCCAAGUUUUUCAUCCCAUACUUGAUUAUUUCGUUUCAAGGUUUUUAUGUGAGGUGCAAUCUGAUUUAGCACAGAUCAGGAAAAAACAAACAACCUAACAGAAUCAUAUUGACAGAAGGGAAACCAUACUACCUUAAGCCAAAAGACCAAUGACCUCCUGAGAGUGGGGUCUGAUAUUUAACGCUUGUUUACUUGUUAGAGAGAAAAGGGAUAGUGUUUGGAUGGGUUUUGAGGAUGAAAAUUCAUAUUAGGUUUACAAUGGAGGCAUUAGGUAGUCCAGAUCACUGUUUGUAGGUGGGCAGAAGAAAGGAAUUAAAAGUGUCAUGAUUUUGGCCGUUUAAACAACAUUUUGAAAACGCUACACUAAGGAAGUAUAGAAAGCACAAACAUCAUUACAGAUGCAAACG